AAAAAGCUUCAACGCCUUCUUCUUCUUCUUCUUCUUCGUCGCUCUCCGCGUCCUCUCUAUCUGAAAAUCCUCCAAAUCUCUCAAUUAAUUCUUCCGAACAAGUUUGUGAGAGAGGAACCGAAGAUAAACUCAUCAAAUCAUAUAAAUGGAAGUCUGCAAUUGCAUCGAGCCACAAUGGCCAGCUGAUGAAUUGUUAAUGAAAUACCAAUACAUCUCAGAUUUCUUCAUCGCCAUUGCUUACUUCUCAAUCCCUCUCGAGCUUAUAUACUUCGUCAAGAAAUCUGCGGUAUUCCCUUAUAGAUGGGUCCUUGUUCAGUUCGGUGCCUUCAUCGUUCUCUGCGGAGCAACACAUCUUAUCAACCUAUGGACUUUCACUACACAUUCAAGAACCGUGGCGCUCGUGAUGACCACCGCAAAAGUUCUAACCGCCGUCGUCUCCUGCGCCACCGCGUUGAUGCUUGUUCACAUCAUUCCCGAUCUGCUGAGUGUCAAGACCCGGGAGCUUUUCUUGAAGAACAAAGCCGCAGAGCUCGAUAGAGAAAUGGGGUUGAUCCGAACUCAGGAAGAAACGGGAAGGCAUGUGAGAAUGCUGACACAUGAGAUAAGAAGCACUUUAGAUAGACACACGAUUCUAAAGACUACGCUUGUUGAGCUUGGUAGGACAUUAGCUUUGGAAGAGUGUGCAUUGUGGAUGCCUACUAGGACUGGUUUAGAGCUACAGCUCUCUUAUACGCUUCGUCAGCAACAUCCAGUUGAGUAUACGGUUCCGAUUCAGUUACCGGUGAUCAACCAAGUGUUUGGUACUAGUAGAGCUGUGAAAAUAUCUCCUAAUUCCCCUGUGGCUAGAUUGAGACCUGUUUCUGGGAAGUAUAUGCUUGGGGAGGUGGUCGCUGUGAGGGUUCCGCUUCUACACCUUUCUAAUUUUCAGAUUAAUGAUUGGCCAGAGCUUUCGACGAAGCGAUACGCUCUUAUGGUUUUGAUGCUUCCUUCAGAUAGUGCGAGGCAAUGGCAUGUCCAUGAGUUGGAACUCGUUGAAGUCGUUGCUGAUCAGGUGGCCGUGGCUCUCUCACAUGCUGCGAUCCUAGAAGAGUCGAUGCGAGCUAGGGACCUUCUCAUGGAGCAGAAUGUUGCUCUUGAUCUAGCGAGACGAGAAGCAGAAACAGCGAUCCGUGCACGAAACGAUUUUCUGGCAGUUAUGAACCAUGAGAUGCGAACACCAAUGCAUGCGAUUAUUGCACUCUCUUCGUUACUCCAAGAAACGGAGUUAACACCUGAACAAAGAUUGAUGGUGGAAACAAUACUUAAAAGUAGUAACCUUUUGGCAACUUUGAUGAAUGAUGUCUUAGAUCUUUCAAGGCUAGAAGAUGGAAGUCUUCAACUUGAACUCGGGACAUUCAAUCUUCAUAAUUUAUUUAGAGAGGUCCUCAAUCUGAUAAAGCCUAUCGCCGUUGUAAAGAAACUACCCAUCACACUAAAUCUUGCACCGGAUUUGCCGGAAUUUGUCGUCGGUGAUGAGAAACGGCUAAUGCAGAUAAUAUUAAACAUCGUUGGUAACGCCGUGAAAUUUUCCAAACAGGGUAGUAUCUCCGUUACUGCUCUUGUCACCAAGUCAGACACUCGAGCUCCCGACUUCUUUGUCGUGCCAACUGGGAGUCAUUUCUACUUGAGGGUAAAGGUAAAAGACUUGGGAGCAGGGAUAAACCCUCAAGACAUUCCCAAGCUUUUCACUAAAUUUGCUCAAACACAAUCUUUAGCAACGAGAAGCUCAGGAGGUAGUGGGCUUGGACUCGCCAUCUCCAAGAGGUUUGUGAAUCUGAUGGAGGGUAACAUUUGGAUCGAGAGCGAUGGUCUUGGUAAAGGAUGCACUGCUAUCUUCGAUGUUAAACUUGGGAUUUCAAACGAAUCUAAACAGUCGUGCAUACCGAAAAUUCCAGCCAAUCCUCGACAUGCGAAUUUCUCUGGACUUAAGGUUCUUGUCAUGGAUGAGAACGGGGUUAGUAGAAUGGUGACGAAGGGACUUCUUGUACACCUUGGAUGCGAAGUGACCACAGUGAGUUCAAGCGAGGAAUGUCUCCGAGUUGUGUGUCAUGAGCACAAAGUGGUGUUCAUGGAUGUAUGCAUGCCCGGUGUCGAAAACUACCAAACCGCUCUCCGUAUACAUGAGAAGUUCACGAAACGCCACCAACGGCCACUGCUCGUGGCACUGACCGGUAACACAGACAAAUCCACAAAGGAGAAGUGCAUGAGCUUUGGUCUAGACGGCGUUUUGCUCAAACCCGUGUCUCUAGACAACAUGAGAAACGUUUUGUCUGAUCUUCUAGAACACCGGGUUUUGUACGAGGCCAUGUAAAAAAGGCAUUUGACGCAGAGGGAGUAAUCUCGACGGUCCUGGCUUUUUUUCUCCCCGUGAAAACAUCGGGACGCUGAUGUUUUCUCUGGUUUAAUGUGUACAUAUCAGAGAUUUGUUGGGAGCGUUUUGGAUAUGAAAAUCAUAAAAGAGAACGGGAAAUAACAAAACAGAAACUGUCGACCGGUCUUUGUGGCGAUUUGGAUUCCGGUUACAGAAGAAGAUGUUAAAACGGUAAAAUAGUUUCAUGUUACAUGUCUGACCUGUGUUAUUGUAUUCUUAUAUACUGUAGUUACAUUCUUUUUUUUUUGCGUAACUUGUAUGAUAUUGAUGCAGUAUUAUGACGUCGACUUUGCAAUUCAUAUUUAUAUACAUAUUGGGAAAUAAU